AUGGCUUCGGAACAAAAAAAGAACGCGCCUGAGAAUAAAGAGCGGAGUUUACAGAAACAAAAUAUUCCCGUACAACUAACAGACUUGUCCAUUUUCGACAACACAUUCGCGUUUAUGAAAGAACAAUUCGCCGAGGAAAUGAGACGCAUAGAACAGCAUAUGAGCAAAUUGAGCAAUGAUCUAAGCAAGCUUUACGGUCAGACUUCAACGGUUCAAACAGGUAUUGUGCAGAACGCUGAUAAUGUGCUUUCCAAUUGGGACGUGCUUACCAAUUCACCCCUAGUUCAGGGCGAGGGCGAGGAGAAAAAAUUGAAGUUACAAUUUGAUGUCAGCCAAUUUGAUCCUACAGAGAUAACUGUAAAAGUAACAGACGAUUUGUUAAUCGUCUCAGCGAUCCACGAAGAGAAGACUGACGACUCAAUGGUCUACCGAGGGUAUAAUAGGGAGUUCAAGCUUCCUCCGGGAAUAGACCCUGAGCAGGUUUUAUCUUCAUUGUCUCGAGAUGGAGUCCUCACGGUUGAGGCUCCACUACCGAAUUUAAUGCUAAAACAAGACUAA